CGGAUACAUUUAGUGCGACACAAGGGAUUAAUGGCCGCAGUCAAUGUACGGACCUCCUCUCAUUGUUUACAUUUCAAAACAGUAUGUCCAACGUGUUUUUCAGGCUGUCAUCGAUACAGACUCUAGCCUAACACUGCGAUAAUGAUAAAUAUCCCUGAAUGGAUGGGAAAAGGUUCUCCGUGAGAGAGAAUCAAGUCGACCAGGGGCGAACUAGCCCUGUGUGCUAACUAACCCAGCUCCGUCUUUCCCGUGUCGCCCGCUGCUCCAAAGAUGGCAAGUUAGUCUUCAUCGUCCGUUUCACUUUCUUCCUGCUCGGAUCUCUAAGGACACCCAAAUGACUGAAGGGGCAUAGCGGCAGUUGAGCCUAAAUGCCAGACAAAAUCUCCAUUUGAGUAAAAUCGCACGGUGCACAAUGUUUAGUAUACCGCAAAGCUCCAAGUCCGAGUUCCUGGACAAAGCCAGGCAGGCCAGGGAGGAAAGGAGAGGACAGAAGGACAAGGAGAAGUCAGCAAUCCUCAUCCAAGCCCUGGUCAGGAGAUUCCUCUGUCGCUGCAGACUCCAGAAGCAAAUACGGAAAGAGGUUGAUGACUAUUUUCAAGCUUCCGAAACCGGGACAUCAAAAAGAAAUGCACUUUCAAUUUUCAAAAUCACUAGGAAACUACUUUUUGUGUAUCGGCUAGAGGAUAAGAUGAGGUUUGAGAAGCUCUGUCGUGCAAUCCUCGCCAGCAUGGAGGUUGAAAAUGAACCUAAAGUCUGGUAUGUUUCCUUGGCUCUCUCCAAAGACCUUACCAUUCCCUGGCUGAAACAGAUAAAAGAUGUUCUGUGGACCUGCUGCCAACUACUGAAAAUUUUGAAGCCUGACAUACUUCAGGACAAUAAAUUGGUCACGCUUUACCUCACCAUGCUGGUGACCUUCACGGACACUUUAACCUGGCGUAUAGUCAGAGGGAAGGGAGAAGCUCUCAGACCGGCUUUGACCAGGAUUUGUGAGAAUAUCAUGGGCCAUCUAAAUCAAAAGGGAUUCUAUUCAAUGCUGCAGAUCUUGCUGACUAAUGGCUUGGCUCGUUCAAAACCGUCUCUCUCCAAAGGCACUCUGACAGCCGUCUUCUCUUUGUCACUGAGGCCAGUCAUUGCGGCUCACUUCUCUGAUAACCUGCUCCGAUCAUUCCUCCUUCACAUCAUGUCAGUUCCCGCCGUUGUAUCUCACCUCAGCGUGCUUACUCCAGAGUGUAUGGCGUCGAUUCAGACGCACGACCUGCUGCGUAAGUUCAUUCUGUUCCUCAGCCGGGAAGAACAGUGUUUGGACAUCUGUGUGUGUCUCGAGGGAAGCCACACGCUCUGCUUACUCGGCAACCUGAUUCACUUGGGGUUCCUUACUGAGAAAGUCCUCGAAGAGGAGGCCAAUCAUUUUGUGAAGGACCUGACUGACAUGCUGUCCUACUGCCAGAGAUAUGUAUCCCAGAAGAAGUCCAACCUUACCCACUGGCACCCUGUCCUGGGCUGGUUCUCCCAGACUGUAGAUUACGGUCUGAAUGAGUCAAUGCCGCUGGUCACUAAACAGCUUCAGUACCUGUGGGGCGUUUCUGUCAUUCGGACGCUCUUCAGUGACGUCCUCUCUAAAAAGCUGGAGAGUCUGGAGCCGACUCCUCCGCCCCCGCAGCCCAGCACCUCACAAAACAAUCUACCAGUUAAAAACCUCUUCAAGCGUGCAUUUCAGAAGUCCGCCUCUGUACGCAACAUACUGAAACCCGUUGGAGGCAAGCGAGUGGAUUCAGCUGAAGUCCAGAAGGUUUGCAGCAUCUGUGUUCUCUACCAGACUGCUUUGUCUACACUAACGCAGAUACGACUCCAGAUACUUACCGGUCUGACCCAUCUCGACGACCUUUUGCCCAAACUUUGGGCCUUCAUCUGUGAGCUCGGUCCUCAGGGAGGCCUCAAACUCUUCAUGGAGUGUCUGAACAAUGACACUGAAGAGUCCAAGCAGCUCCUGGCUAUGCUCAUGCUUUUCUGUGACUGCUCACGGCACCUCAUCACAAUUCUGGAUGACAUUGAAGUCUAUGAAGAGCAAACAUCUUUCAAGACCGAAGAACUCAUCACCAUCUCUUCAUUCCUGAACACAUUUGUGUUCAAAAUGGUCUGGGACGGCAUCUUAGAAAAUGCUAAGGGAGAGAAACUGGAGUUGUUCCACAGCGUUCAUGGCUGGUUGAUGGUGCUUUACGAGCGGGACUGCAGGCGCCGAUUCUCUCCUGAUGAACACUGGCUACGCAAGGACUUGAAGCCCAGCCUUUUGUUCCAAGAGCUGGAGAAGGGCAAAAAAAGAGCCCAGCUUCUACUGCAAUACAUCCCACAUGUCAUCCCACAUAAAAAUAGGGUGCUGCUGUUCAGGAACAUCGUUACAAAGGAGAAAGAGAGUUUGGGAUUGAUAGAAACCAGCUCUGCUUCACCACAUGUCACGCAUAUUACCAUUCGGCGCUCACGGAUGUUGGAGGAUGGAUACGACCAGCUCCGCAGAUUACCAGCAAACUCCAUUAAAGGCGUCAUUCGUGUCAAGUUUGUCAACGACCUGGGAGUAGACGAGGCUGGUAUCGAUCAGGAUGGAGUUUUCAAAGAAUUUCUAGAGGAGAUCAUUAAAAAAGUGUUCAAUCCGGCUCUGAAUCUUUUCAAGACUACGAGUGGAAACGAAAGGCUGUAUCCUUCCCCAACAUCUUACAUCCAUGAGAACCAUUUGCAGCUAUUUGAGUUUGUGGGGAAGAUGCUCGGGAAAGCCAUGUAUGAGGGCAUCGUUGUGGACGUCCCUUUUGCCUCUUUCUUCCUCAGUCAAGUCUUGGGUCACCACCACAGCACUUUCUACAGCUCCAUCGACGAGCUGCCCUCGCUGGACUCUGAGUUUUACAAAAACCUCACUUCCAUCAAGCGCUACGAUGGAGAUAUAGGAGACCUAGGACUGUCACUAUCCUAUGAUGAGGAUGUAAUGGGGCAGCUCGUCUGUCAUGAAUUGAUACCUGGGGGGAAAACCAUGCCAGUCACCAACGAGAACAAGAUCAGCUACAUCCAUCUGAUGGCUCACUUCCGGAUGCACACGCAGAUUAAGGAGCAGACCGCAGCUUUCAUCCGCGGCUUCCGCAGCAUUAUAAACUCAGAGUGGCUGCACAUGUUUUCCACCCCUGAGGUUCAGCGUCUUAUCUCAGGAGACAACGCAGAGAUCGAUCUCGAUGACCUCAAGAAGCAUACGGUCUACUAUGGAGGUUUUCACAGCAGCCACCGUGUCAUCAUCUGGCUGUGGGACAUCCUGUCCAGUGACUUCACCUCUGACGAGAGGGCUAUGUUCCUCAAAUUUGUCACCAGCUGCUCCAGGCCGCCUCUUUUAGGUUUUGCCUACCUCAAACCACCUUUCUCCAUCCGCUGUGUGGAAGUUUCGGAUGACCAGGACACCGGAGACACCCUCGGCAGUGUUCUCAGGGGCUUUUUCACAAUCCGCAAGAAGGAGCCUGGUGGUCGACUUCCCACUUCAUCAACAUGCUUUAACCUGCUCAAGUUGCCUAAUUACAGCAAGAAGAGCAUCUUGCGUGACAAGCUGCGCUACGCUAUCAGUAUGAACACAGGCUUUGAGCUCUCCUAACUCCGCUGCACCGGGACAAUCUUUGCAAGAGGCUCGUGUUAUGCAGCCUGAGCUGAAAAAGAGGCUGCACAUACCCGGACUGCAGCCUGCCAAGUCAGAGGAGGGUCACCUAAACAAGAGGGGGGAGCAAUGAAGGACCUUUAAGGACUCCUCCUUUUGUCUCUUUUUAAAACUGGACGAGGUCUGCUCUAAGUCAGCCCCCUCUCUUACGUCGAAGGGGAUGCUUUUUCUGCAGCACAAUCCAAUUUUUAACCAUCUUCAAUUUUGCCACUCCCAAAAUCCAAUAUGUCGUGUAUUUAACUUGAUGAAAUACACAUAUACAGUUGCUGGAACUCUCAUUCUCAGGCUUAACAGAAUCACGCACGGAUCUAACUCCCAUUUUAAGCAAACUGGAAAGCAAUACAGAUGCAAUGCAAACCAUUAUACACGUGGACGACUCACUCGAGGGAAAGGGGUUGUUACUUACAAGGUUGGACCCCAUUAUCUAAGCAACUUAACCGGAAGACAAAUCAAUUUCUUGGGUUCAGCCUCCAUAAAGGAGGAGGGACUCACAGCAGAACUCCUGUGUUGAUUGCAUUAU